AUGGUUACCAUUAAACAUCUGGACCACCUGAACACCCGUAAAUGGUCUAAAUUCACAUCACUUGCACAUGAUGAGUCGCUGGGUGUUUUCUCAGACAACCUACGACGUCUCCUGAUGAGCGCUCCUCUUCGCUGUUCCCCACUACCAUCUGCUGGCGCAACCGCAACCACCACCGCCACCACCACCGCCAAAGUAUUCUCCCCCACCCGCACCAAUGAUACCUCAACACCCGAUGUGAUCUCCGCUGCGUUGGGAUCCCCGGGUGACCGGCUCCCUGUUGUGGGGUUGGAUCCUGGCUGGAGGCAUGGCUGUAAGUGGGCCGCCUGUGAUCCCCUGGGCACUGUACUGCAGGCCGGAGUUCUACAUAUCACCACCGCGUCAGGUUCUUGUUCCGAUUCAGAAACGCAGCUUUUUGCUAGAACGAUGAAGUCCCAUGGGUAUGACGUGUUUUAA